AUGUAUGCAAAUUCAUAUGUAAAAAAGAAAGAAAAGAACCUUAUUGUAGCUUAUCAUUUGUUAAGUGAUGUUGCAGCAAUCAUAUUGCCCACUCUUCAACAUCUUCACGAAAGCAUGUCAAGUCUCAAUCCCGAGAUUGGAACAGCAGGUCAGAUGAGGAUCCAAACCAAGAAUAAGAAGAAUGUAGAUUCAAAUGCGGAAAGAGAAGAUGAAUGUGGGAUUUGCUUAGAAUCGUCCUGCACGAAAAUGGUUCUCCCUGGCUGCUGUCAUGCCAUGUGCAUCAAUUGUUACCGCAAUUGGAAUUUGAAGUCAGAAUCAUGCCCGUUUUGUAGAGGUAGUCUUAAGAGAGUAAGUUCGGCUGACUUGUGGGUUUUGACAAGUGAAGGGGACAUAAUAGACGAAAGAACACUUUUGAAAGAUGACAUUUUGAGGUUCUAUCUAUAUAUAAACAGCUUGUGUAAGGAUGCUUCAGAUGCCCUUUUCUUGGUAUAUUAUGAAUACUUGAUCUGAUACAAGAUAGUAUAGACUAUAAUGUGACA